AUGGCUGCUCCCUCAGCGAGUUUCGGCGCCACAGCUGCUCCUACCGUUGUCCUGGGCAGUGGUAACGAGGAGAAUGAUCCGUUUGCAUUCACGCCAAUCCAGCUCACUACGGUGACAGAGCAACGCGGCAUGCAUCAGAAGAACUCGGGGCCUGAUGAGGUGCAGAGACCUGACAUUCUUGACGAUUUGUGCCUCGGUCUACUCUUGCAGGCGCGCGUGGACCGCGUCAUCCACGGCCGCGCCGCAGAGUCGGGCCCCCAAGCCACGCUGGUGGUGUUUGGUUUCCGGUUUCACGGCCUCCAUGGCAACCGGCGGUUCAAGAGCGCGACCAUUACCGUCGUUUUCGAGGACGAGAAAGAACGCGGCGCCGACUACGAUCCCAAAGUGGUAGCGCUUUGGCCAAAUGGCGACUUCACCCUUGGCGAAGCCACUGCAGUGCAGGUUGAAGACACGGCAGCGGGCGAGGUCGGGGGUAAUGUCGAUAUACCGGCCGGCGCGCCAGUCGUCACGGUUGGGGCGCACUUUGUCCGCUCCUGGGAGAAGAAAAAGUUGUUCAGCCGGAAGCGCAGUUCGAAAUUAACUGGCUCCAUCUUCUUAGACUUCUCUGUCCGGGAACAUGGGCCGUCAAACGCCGUUCUCCUGACGCUAUCCGAAGACGAUGCGGCGGCAACCAGCGUCGUGGCAGAGUUUCGGGCAGCGGUGUUGCUGGAGCGCAAGAACGACACAGAUGUCUUCACGGCAAAGGUGAAGAUGACGGGCAAGGCCGAUUUCCUGCACAAAGCCACCCGGACCGUCCGGGACGUCACGCCCUUUGCUCCCGCCAACGACCCUGUCCGGUUCAAGCCGGGCAUCCAAUAUUUGCGACCGCCCACUGGGAGCACUGCCAUUGGGGGAAAUCUUUCGGCAAAGAUUGCAGACACCGAGCUGAGCGCAGACAAACUUGAGGGGCUCGCGGGGUUGCUGAGUACAACCGCUCUCACGGUUGCAGCCUAA